ACGAAAAGUUUAUACUCGUUAAGUGCCAAUAAUAAUAACGGAAUAAAAAACAUAUUUAUCAUCAUUCGUCGCACACGCUCACACACCGCGUACGGAUUCUUUGGCUUAUGUUCGCUGUGUUUGGACCGUUGAAAUGAAGCUGAAAACCAUAUCGGAAACUGUAAACAAGGACGAACUGUUCAAAAAGGUGUGGAACCUCUCUGCAGAUCAUUGUAUGGAUGUUGUAUUAAUGAUGUUUUCACACGCAGAAGGUACAACACUACUUGGCACACACAAGCUUGAACAAUUUAUUGUGACUACUGAACUUUGUCGUUUUACCUCGAUGAUGUUUAAUCGUCCACCGUUAUACCGUCCUGCUCUAGACUGCACAGUCGCAAAUGAUUUUGUUUCUACAGAAUUUGAACGCUAUAUUGAUUUGGUUGAAGAUAAUGCUUAUGAAUUGUCAAGUGCUCCCAAUAGUGAGGUACUUGUUAUCAUUGCAAACAAUGAAUGCCGCAAAUUUAUUUUUGCUUCUCCACGUUUACGUCCUUAUAUUAUGUCCAAAGAAUGCAUCUCGGUCAUCGAAAGAUGCUUAGGCAAAGGCACUUUCUCUGCUGGUCAAGAAUCUGAUAUGGAUAAAUAGCAAUUAAUAUCUUUUGCAUCACUACAAUUCUCAGUGCUGCUAAACGUCUCCUCGUGACAUAUGAUAGUCUUCAUGGAAAAUCAGUCUAAAAGUACCUAUCUUGAUGCUUGUCUGUGCUAUCUUUAUAAUAAUAAUACUAAUAAUAAUAAUUAUAUUAAUAAU